AUGGAGUAUAUGUCCUCCCUGCAGAAUGAGUUUGAUGAUUUCAAACCGUCGUUGUUCGAAAUUCUCUCGGAGCAACAGCUGUCUGCCCUCCUCCCGCCCUCCCUCCGCUACAUCCUCGCUGUAGCCACACACCGACACCCCCGCUACCUCCUCCGCGCCCUCAACUCCUUCGAUGAGCUCUACACCCUCCUCUCUCUCCUUGUCGAACGCUACUACCUCCUCACAUUUGGCGGCUCCUUCACAGAAAACUUCUACUCGCUGAAACGCGAGCGUGUCCUCGCGACAAAAAGUGGUGAAAUCCCACGCGCCCAGCUCGGCGCUGCGGCCCCUGUGCGUGAAACACUCAAACUUCGCUCGUCAGAUAUAUGGAAGAACCUGGCGGUGAUGGUUGGGAUUCCGUAUCUGAAACGCAAGCUGGAUGAAGGGUAUGACAUCCACGCUGCUCCGCAUGCUGCGCUGGCCGCCAGCGGAGGAGGACCACGGUAUCAACCUGACGCCGAUCUCCCGCACAAUCCUACCGUGCGCCAAAGGCUGAUGCACUAUUACAAAUGGUUCCUGAGAAACGUCUACCCGUCGGUGAACGCAGCGUAUUACUUUGCCAUCCUGGCCUUCAAUCUGGCCUAUCUAUUCGGGAACACGAAAUACUCCUCUCCAUUCCUGUGGCUGAUAGGCACGCGGAUACGGCGGCUGGGACCCGCAGAUCACGCUGCAAUAGAGCUAGCUAUGCAGCCUCCAAAGGCGAAGUCGAAUACUCCCGCCACCCGCCCGGGUGGUGCGAUAAGUUUCCUAAGUCCGCAAAACAUAUACCCUCAUCUCCUAGGACCGUUAAAAUUCUUUCUCCCAACCUCCAUUUUCGCCUUAAAGUUUCUGGAAUGGUGGCAUGCGAGCGAUUUCUCACGACAACUCGCUCGCAAAGCGACAGAGGCAAUCGACCUGCCCGCCCCGGUCGUUUCGGGCAUGAUAUCGCCCAAAGCAGCGACAGCGUCUGCACUUGCUGGCAAAGGACAAAAGGCAGUUACGAGUUCCUCUGAAAACCUUGCGCAGUCACAAACACAUACCCGGAGAUUUCCUAGCCCUCCCAUAUCUUCCACAUCAUACCUCCCCAUCUUCACUGUGCCAUUACCCCCCAUCGACCCCGCUGCUACAUCAGAUCCUACCGCUGUUGCCACACAAUCGCCUUGUCCCAUAUGUCUUCAUCCGCUCAAUAACCCAACUGCCUGCCAGACCGGGUAUGUCUUUUGCUACAGCUGUAUAUUCCGUUGGAUCAAAGGGGAGCAUGAGAGGCAGCUUGACUUUAUGAAUGGGGAGGGGGCAGAGUGGGGGGAUGAUGAGGAUGAAGAGAAGAAUAAGGAGGAAGGAGAGCAAACCGGUUCUAGUCGUGUUGGAGGUACGGAGAAGGGAAUAGCUGCCGCAGGCACUAGGAGUCGGGUUGGGAGAUGGGAAAGUGGGAAAGGGAGGUGUGCGGUUACGGGACGAAAGGUGUUGGGGGGUUCGGAGGGGUUGAGGCGGGUGCUUGUUUAA